AUGGCGGCCAAGUUCAUUGUAGCCUUGGCUUGUGUUACACUCGCGCAGUGUAGCCCGGCCCUUAUAAACGGUUAUUUAUACCGUGAUGGACGCGAGUUCUCGAUGGGCCAAGGCUAUACUAAUGGAUACGGUGGAAGGGCCGCAAGUACUGCCACGAUCAAUGGGGAAGUUCUUAACGCUUAUGGCACUGCGUUAUCCGAUAACAACCAGAUCGCGAGAAAUAUUGGUAUUGGUGAAGCUAUACCUGGUCAGGCUGUAGCAAACGCUGAAGUCUACGACGGUCCCGGUUCACCCCAAUUCGGAGUAGCUAAAGCUGUAGCAGAAGCUCAAAAUGCACCUAUCUUUUACUAUGAAUUGCCCCAACCGGCCACAAUUUUAUCGUAUGAACAAAACUUUGACCACCCCCAAAUAAGGUACCAGUUACCUAUGGGACAGAUUAAAGCUGAGUCAUCGGCGGUACUGAAUGGUGAUUCAGAAUCAUCAAUUUCAUCAGCAAGUACCGAUGCUUCCGGAUCAGCACAAUCGUCUGCCCAGACGCGAGGUACCGGAAACUACGGUGUCACCAAUUCAAACGCAAACAUUUAUUCAGGACAGGGUUCCGCAUCCGCCACAGCUAAUAAUGCUCACGGAUCUACAAUAACCUCGGCCAGAACACAAGGCCAAGGGCCAUCUAACUUCAGGUCUCAGGGAGGACUAGGUAUGACCUCUGCCCAAUCGCAAACCAACGGUGGAUAUGGUUCCGCUUCUUCCUCUGUUAACAACGCUUAUGAAUCAGCUAUUUCUUCAGCCAACACAAGGGGCUUCGGGUCAGCCUCAUCGAAUGCAGAUGUGAACAACGCAAUUGCCUCUGCAAAAACCACAGAGCCAAAAGGUAUUUCUUGGCGAUUUGGCAUGCUCUACGAUAACCCUUCGCCACUUGGAAAAGCUCAAGCUUCAAGCCAUGCCAACGGUGGAUCAGCUAAAUCUACUGCUCACACAAAUGCCGGCCACGGAACUGCACAAUCAUCAGCUGACACACAAGGACAAGGAUCUGCCGUAGCUAACGCACACGUCAACGAUGGUAUCAACAACUCUGCCUUGAAAACAUACAGUUAUGAACCAAGCUAUGCUAAAUCAAAUGCUAACACCCACGGUUUUGGAUCAGCAAAUUCCGUUGCUAACACCGGACUCGGUUCAGCAAAAUCUACAGCCAAUAGCAAUGGUUUUGGUAGCGGAAAUGCUAAUGCCAACGCCGAUAUUAGUGCUAUGGGAAUGAAAUCAACAGCGACCAGUAACGGCUAUGGAUCAGCUUCGUCUUCAGCUAACAAUGGGGCACAUUUUGGUUCUUGGAGAACGAACUAUGGUCCUUACGGGUCACGCACUGUGGCCAACGCGCAAACUUCGGGCCACGGUUCUGCGUCUUCCUCUGCCAACACCCAGGGCCUCUACGCGGGUUACAGAGUCGUGAACUCUUCUGCAAACACCAAUGGUUUCGGCACUGCUCAAGCUAAUGCUCAAACUCUUUAA